AUGGCCAAUUUAACUAUUAGUGUUUUUUUUCUGAUGGGAUUUUCUGAUAAACCUGAGCUAGAACUCAUCCAUGCUUCUCUGUUCUUAGUCUUAUACAUGGUGGCAUUAACUGGCAAUAUCCUCAUUAUCACUGCAAUUUCCAUGGACAGUAGUCUCCACUCACCCAUGUAUUUCUUCCUGAAACAUCUCUCCUUCCUGGACCUAUGCUACAUUUGUGUGACUGUUCCAAGGUCCAUUUACAAUUCUUUCAUGCAUAGUGGUUACAUUUCCUUUGGGGAAUGCAUAGUGCAGUGUUUUGCUUUCACUCUCUGUGCUGCUGCUGAGAUAUCUAUGCUCACGGUGAUGUCUUAUGAUCGCUACGUGGCCAUCUGUCUUCCACUGCGCUACGAAAUCAUCAUGGAUGUCAGCACCUGUGUUCACGGAGUCCUAGGUGUCUGGACAUUUGGUGUCAUUUCUGGAGCCAUGCACACAGCUGCCACUUUCUCCAUCCACUUCUGUGGUCCCCAUAUCAUUCACCAGUUCUUCUGUGACAUCCCUCAGCUCCUGAAACUCUCUUGUUCGAAUGAGUACAUAAGCGAAGUUGGGGUCACUGGCUUCCUGUCUUUUAUGGCGUUUCUUUUUGUCAUUUUUAUUGGAGUGUCCUACACACAGAUAUUCUCUACUGUGCUGAGGAUGCCAUCUGCUGAGGGUAGAGCGAAGGCCUUUUCCACUUGCCUUCCCCACCUCUCUGUUGUCAUAUUGUUUAUUUUAACCAGCGCCUUUGAGUAUCUCAAGCCACCUUCUGACUCUCCCAGUGCACUGGACAUUUUACCUGCUAUUAUGUACACAGUUGUGCCCCCAACACUCAACCCAAUGAUCUACAGCCUGAGAAAUCAAGCCAUGAAGGCAGCUCUAAGAAAGGUUUUCCGAAGAAAAGCUGAUCUCUUUUUUUGA